AUGCCUCAAGUCGCCGUCCCUCUCUCGCGCGCGCCUCCCUCCGCGCGCCAAAUCUCGGUCUCGUACCGCGUGCUGGGGGCCGGCCCCGUUCUCGUGCUGAUGGUGCCCGGCAUGUGCGUGCCGUCGUCCAUGUACGACUCGAUGGCCGCCGUGCUCGCGGCCACGGCCCAGUUCACGGCCGUCGUGCUCGACAACCGCGGUAUGGGCCGCUCGGACGCCCCGCCGGCCGGCAUGCUCGGCGGCCUGGGCUACGACGUCGCCGAGCUCGCGGCCGACGCGUGGCAGGUCGUCGACGCCGUGCUCGCGGCGAGCGCGCACCGCGUCGCCCCGCACGAAACGCCGAAGCUCGGCUGCGAAGACCUUCCCACGUGGGACGCGCCGUGCGCGAGGAACGUCGCGCUCGUCGGCCACUCCAUGGGCGGUAUGGUCGUCCAGGCUAUGAUGGCACAGAGGCCGCGGAGAGUGCGGUUUGUCGCUCUGCUGUCUACGCAUGCGGGUGGCGUGUGGAAUUUGCUGCCGACCGCCAGGAUGCUCAGGGACGUGGUUAGGGUCGCGUGGAGCGGGUUCGAUCGCGAUGUGCACGCGCAUGUCAACUUGGGCUUGCACUUUACGGACCGCUUUUUGGAGGACUGGGUCGUGCAUGAGGGGGAGGGGGACGGUCGUGACGUCAUGGCUGAAGCGGGGAAGCCGGAUGGCGGCACGUCCGAAGCUGCUGGGAAUCCGUCUUUGCAUGCGAGCCCGGGGGAAACGGAGAGUGGCGUGGACGCCGAAAUAGAAGGGGCCGAGUUGUCUGGCCCAGAUAGCGACUGCCAUACCCACAUAACUACCGCCACUGCAAAACUUUCUCCAGAUGCGAAGCCCUUCCCUGCGGAGGAGGGGCAUUCGGGCUCACCCCCAAAUCCCUCCCCUAGCAACAAGGACGAUGAAGCUGCAGACGACCAUCCCACCACUUCUUCCGCCAUUUAUCACGGGCUCGGCUACUUCGAGUCGAAAGUGGUGGACCUCGUGCGCGACGCCAAGAUAUACUUCGGCCUCUCCGCCUCCUUCCGCGAGAAGCUCUGGAAGCCCCAAAAGCUGUUGCUGGACGCCAUCACGAAGCGGCGCCGCCGCACGCGCAGCCGCCGCCGCGACAUCUACCACGCGCGCUAUACGGGCGCGGAGAAGGCCGACCCGUCGCAUGUGCACCCCAAGCUGCAAGGGGAAGCGGGCGAGUCGACCGCGCUGACAAACCCGGAGGACUCGCCGCACGCGCUGUACGGGCACGCGGCCGUCGUGCGCUCGCACGCGCUGCCGAAUACGCUCGCGACAAGGCUCAGGGAAUGCACAAGAGUCGUCAAGCUCGUCAUGGCGGGGAAGCAGGACAGGGUUGUUACGCCCGCCGCGUCCAGGGCGCUGGCGCAUGCAAUCGGCGCGAAUACGAUUGUUGAGGUGGAAGCCGCGCACUUUAUCACGGAUGAGGCCGCCGCUGAGGUCACUACGCAUAUCAUUUAUGGCCUGCGGAAGGCGUUUUACGCGCCGAAUGCUCGUCGUUGUGAGUGCUUGUGGUGCGUGGAUGAAGGCGCAUGAGACGGCGAUGGGAAGCGUCAACGUUCCAUCUAUGUUGAUGGCUUGCAUCUGUACCCGAUGGAAGGCGACAAGGCCUGGAGAUGAUUGUGUGAGGGUAGAAGGCGUGCAGCAGCUUGGUUGUUUCGUCGGAUGUGGAAAGGCAAAGCUUUCGUCAGUCCGGUCCACAGAAUUGAUUAUAGAGUAGAUUAGAAACUAACUGCAGUAUUGGCACAGCUGCGAUGUUUUUUCUCUUCCCAGUGAAGAAGAAUAUCAGAGGUUCCCGCUUUGAAAGUCUCAGACCAGCAGACCCUCUUCGUCGUUGUUAAAUAUUAUGUCAACAGCCCAGCAACACCCACGAAACAAGUCAUUGAUUAAACCCAAGCGAGCUGAAA